AUGGCCCGUGGGGCCGGUGGUCUACUUGACGGUGGAUUUGUUUUCAAACUCGGGCGACUAUUUCGUACUCCCUACGGUGGUGAAGGUGUCGAUUUUAUCGAUCAACUUAACUACCAAUUCACUGGUGGAUUAAUACUAAUUUUCAUCAUCAUUAUCAGUCUCCGACAGUACGUCGGAAAGCCGAUCCAAUGUUGGGUACCUCCAGAAUUCACACGAGCAUGGGAGGAGUAUACCGAGAAUUACUGUUGGGUGUCAAACACCUAUUUCCUCCUGCCUCACGAAGACAUUCCUGCAGAAGAGCUGGAGUACGAGAAAAUCAAAUUCAUCGGCUACUACCAGUGGAUGUCAAUAGUUUUAGCUGGCCAGGCUAUGAUGUCCUGGGUACCGCAUCUCCUCUGGCGUGUCUGUUCGCGUCGUCUUCCCCUUCUGCUCAAAUCCGCCAAGGAGGCUUCCAUUCCAGACCGCGAAUUGCGUCUCAAAGCCGUCUCCUGCCUUGUUGCCACGUUGGAGGAGCAGGCGGAGUCGCAAUCGCGAUUUCGGCGCAUGAAGUCCUUUGUAAAUCGAUGCCUCUGUGGCAUCCCACCCAAUGCACGUCUUACAUUUCUCUUCCUCUUUGUGCGCGCCCUCUUUAUUGCCAAUUGUUUGGGCCAGAUCUAUCUGAUGAAGUGCUUCACUGGCUUUAAUAGCACGUUUUUUGGACUACAACUCCUGCAAGACCUCACAAAGGGCGAGGAAUGGGACACCAGUGGCCACUUUCCUCGUGUCACAUAUUGCAACAUCAAGGUUCGAGUCAUGGGCCAACCCAAACCCGCAAGGUUAGUUAUUUUGCAUUCAGCAAGUGCCGUCGAUGUCUGA